AUGAAUAUGUUGGAUGAUGAAGAUGACCAAAGCUUUCACGCUACGCGUGACGGCUACUCCCAUUUGAGCAAUGUCGAAUGGGAUGCGGUUGAACGUAUGGGUUCAACCAUGGGCAUCCAUGCUGUUAGCGUCAUGCUGGAGGCUCUCGAUAGAGGUGCCCAACAUGCUACUAUCGCCAAGUUCAUUCAAAAUGAACUUGACGCUGAACGCGAGAAAGUAGCCUUGCUUCACCAACAAGGUUCUCAACAAGCAGAGUUGUUGAGAGAACAGGGUGCUCAACAGUUUGAACUGUUGAGACAGCAGCAGGCUGCUGCUGGUGGGUCGAUGCACUCGCGUCGACCCGAGACCUUGAAGAUUGACAUCUCCAAGUAUAGGGGAGUCGAAGAGGACUCCCUCUUGAGAUGGUUCAUCGAAUUGGAUGACGCCAUAAGGGCGCGUCGCAUCGACGAUGGGGAAAUGCAAGUUGCAUUUGCCCAAUCAAAUCUGGCAGGACGUGCCAAGACUUGGGCACUGGGGCUCAAGUUGCACGACCCAUAUGCGUUUGGGUCGUUGGAAGUCUUCAAGUCGCGGCUCAGACAAACGUUUGAACCGCAUAGAGCUGAGUUCAGAGCUUGA